AUGGGAACAAGAGCAGAACGUAAGGAAGAUUUUGUUGGUGGGUUUGGAUUUGGAGUUGUGGAAAACUCACAUAAAGACGUUAUGGCACUACCUAAUCAUCAUCCAUCAUAUCCAUCGCCUUCCUCUUCUUCCUUUUGCUACUGUUCUACUGGUAUUGUUACCGAUCCCAUGUUCUCUGCUUCAAGCAAUCAUCAAGGAUACACUCCUCCUCCUAAUGAUAUGUUCUCUCUCGCUGGUUCUGGUUCUGGUUCUGUUUCACUAGCAGACCCUUUUUUCACUUUGAGCUCUUCAGGGGAGAUUGGAAGAUGUAUGAGUGAUAAGGCAAGUGUAGCUUUCACAGAAGCUCAAUGGCAAGAGCUUGAGAGGCAGAGGAAUAUAUAUAAGUACAUAAUGGCUUCUGUUCCUGUUCCUUCUGAGCUUCUCACACCUUUUCCCAGACACCAAUCAAACACUAACCCAGAUGUGGGUAAAGGAGGUUCAUUGAAGCUAGGGAUUGCUUCAAACGCAAGCAACGCUAAUCUUGAGCCAUGGAGGUGUAAGAGAACAGAUGGGAAGAAAUGGAGAUGCUCUAGAAAUGUGAUUCCUGAUCAGAAAUACUGUGAGAGACACACUCACAAGAGCCGUCCUCGUUCAAGAAAGCAUGUGGAAUCAUCUCACCACAACGGCACUCGCACCACCGUUAAAGCCGAUUCUAACCAGUUUGGUAGAACUUAUCCUCAGUUUUACGGACAACCCGAAUGCCAAUACUCUGUGGUUUCUAAUCUUCCGUCUGAUUCCUCUUCCUAUGAUCAUCACAGGGAAUUGAGGUGGUUUAUGAAAGAAAACGAUCACAUAACAACUUUAAGCCCUGAGAUUCAUGAAGCUGUUCAGCUGAAGGCUGGAUCAAGCAGAGAGCUUAAGAGCUCCAAUGGGAACGGGCUUGGAUUCGAUUACGAUCUAAAUUUCAAGCAGAAGGAGCCAUUAGUAGACCAGAGCUUUGGAGCAUUGCAGGGUCUAUUGAGUCUAAACCAGACAGCGCAGGAGACAAGGCGGUUUAUCGUGGAUCGAGGGGAGCAAGAUGAAGCAAUGGGAAGCUCUUUGACGCUAUCAAUGGCUGGAGCUAUGGAGGAAGCAGAGUGCACAAACCAAAACCAGUGGGUUAGCCAGGAAAGACCAUCAUGGCUCUGUUCAACAACACCAGGUGGACCAUUGGCUGAAGCAUUGUGUCUUGGUGUCUCCAACAAUCCAAGUACUAGUACUACUACUAGUAGCUGCAGCAGAAGCUCAAGCUGA